AUGGUUAGCCACAUGCAGUCGAUGCAGUCGAUGCACUCCGACCACUUGCCGCUUUCGUUGGACGGGCUUUCGGAGGAUCGAACUGCCACCGAUAGCCCUGCCAGUCAACCAAUGAGGGUACGAAGUGGAUUGUCAGCUCUUGGAAACAACACACAAAGAUCGCCAGCAUCGCCAGCUUUUUCGAUUCGCUCUGGUGAUUCGCCACGAUCGGAGAAGGCAAAGCAGAAAGGCGGCGUUGGCAGCAACUUCAUCAAAGCAGCUGAAAUAGACACACCCGUGAUCGAGAAGACAGCAGACCCAAAGGCACUAGCUCGGCGGGCGAAGAGAGGUGCGAGUAUCUCCAAUUUCAUGGUGCUAGUGGUGUUGGUCGACUCUUUUUGCACCUGCAGAGAUAUUGAUGCCAGAGCUGGCGGCGGGCAACCGCCUGAUGCAAUAUGGAUAUUGACAGAUACCUGUCUUGCCUUGUACUGCUUGGAAAUGAUCGUGAUGCUGUCGCUACGUGGGUGGCAGACACUCAAAGAGGUUGCCACUCAGGUGGAUAUUCUCAUCAUUGGAUGUGGCCUGGCUGAGAAGGCUCUGAGUUUAUUUUGGGUCCAACAAGACAACGCCAUCACGUCGCUGGUGCGCGUCUUGCGCCUGGUGCGCAUUUUCCGAAUCACACGGCUGCUGCAACGAACCAAAGCUUUGCGUGAGCUCUCAAAGCUGGUUAGCAUGAUGGCGACGUGCUUGAAGGCAUUGGUGUGGUCCUUUAUCUUCUGCUUCGUCAUAAUGACGGUGUGGGCGAUGCUCAUGGUUGAAUUCGUUCAUCCGCUGAUUCAAGAGCUCAAUGACAAACAUGGCACAUUCGAAGGCUGUCCGCAAUGCACGAGGGCAACAUCGUCCGUCAUGAGCGCUAAUUUGCUUUUAUUCAAGACAGUAAUUGCUGGAGAUAGCUGGGGCGAGAUUGCCGUGCCAGUCAUUGAGCGCUACCCUAUGACAGCUAUUGUCUUUAUGGGUUCCCUGCUUACCCUUGUUUUUGGAGUGCUAAAUUUGAUUGUUGCCGUAGUUGUCGACACGUUUGCAGAAUAUCGCCAACGAGAUGUGAUUCACUUGGCGGAGGAUUUGGAGGUUGACCUUGCAAAUGAUCAAAAAAUAUUGCAACGAAUGUUUGAGCGAAUUGAUGAGGAUGGGAGCGGCCUUGUCUCGUAUGAGGAAUUGGUCGAAGGAGCCCGGAAAGACCCAGAAUUCCAGAGCCGUUUGCGUGUGAUGGACAUAGAUGAAUCAGACUUGCGGCAACUUUUUGACAUGAUUGACAGCACGGGCGAAGGAGAAAUUGAGAGUUCUGAAUUUAUCGCUGCUUUGAGCCGCUGGGUGCAUGACAGCAAGACGGCGCCCCGUUUCGUCAAGUACAACGUUCUGCGGUCAUUGCAGAUGCAGGAAGAACUGUAUGAGACAGUUCACGAACAAUUUGAGAUGUUAUCGUCUCGGCUGGACUACAGCGACUAUGCAUUGGAGAGCAUCCUGAAAGGGUCGGGACUCUUCGCGGGUGUUUCUCCCCAGUCGUCUCCAAGUGAAUCCCGACAGUUUUUCACGCAGGACGAUGCAGAAAUUGACCAGGCUGUCACCAGGUUGCUGGAAGCAGAGGCUCCUGAACAGCCACAUCGCAGCUUGGCUCCUGUGACGCUGGCGACAGAACUGAAAGAUCUGAAAGAUCUGAAGGAAAGUGCUAAUCCAAAUCGCCCAAGUGUUGGCGAAACUGGUGCGCUAGAUUCGCUAGAUGAACUGCGAACAACCAAUACCUUUGAGGACGCCAAGGUUGAUUCUGGGUUUGAUGAUGUGGCCGAGUCCAAUGUCGGAGCCAAUCAUUCUGCCUCUGCAGCAGUGGCACAAGUGGAACAUCUCGUUUUGAGGGCCACAGAAGCUGCUCUCAAGCGAUCUCUUGCAAAUUUGGAGAGCACUCUGCAAGGUCUCACAAGGGGCAUGGCAUUCCCCAGCCAGGGGAAUGCCCAGCGUGGUCGGCAUUCAAUUUCAAUGCAGAAUUCCAUGUCACUGCCAAUGAUCGGGAUGAACAGUCUGGGAUCCUCGCGUCCACCAGCUUCCUAUCAACGGCGUCGAGGGAGCCGCGGCUCCAAGAUGCACUCUGCUGAACUCAGACCAAUGAGAAAAUCAGUGAGAAUGCCAGUGGGAACAUUUAGCCCACCAGGAGCGUCCAUGUCUCUGGGCGUAUCUAUUCAGGGAAGGCGUGCUUCGAGAGCUUCGGCGGGUGAAAAUUUACCCUCACACAGGUCCAGCCUGCAUAGCGAGCACGAGGCCCGGUGA